AUGUCCAGGAUGUUCAUGAAGUUUUCUGGCUUCAAGAGGCGCAGGAAUAGCAGGAAGAAGCUGAAAAGUACAUCACGGUUGUUCCUGGGGUUGGGGAAGAGAAAGAAUCGCCUUGCUAAGAAGAAGCGGCGCAAGUCCAUGCUCAAGAACACUUCUCGAUUCAUGAUGAGGUUUAAGGCCAGCAAAAAGAGGAAAAAGGAGAAAGAGGCCAAAGAGAAGGCGGCAAAUGGUGGGAAGAAGCCAACCUAUAUGCUGCUUCGUCUGGGAGGAGGGAAAGAAUCUGUUGAGAGGAAAGGGGGCUUUUUCAAAGGUAUGUUUAGAAAAAAGGAUGGUGAUGGGUCUGCUGACGACUUCAAGAACAGAAGCAUGUUGCUGGGUAAGGUUGCAGCAGCAACAAACUGGUUGACCAAACGCUUCCUGUCCACUAAAAUGCGUGGCAAUGCAGGACAACAUGGCUGGGGCAAACAGAGAGGGCAUAAUCGACAAGCCAGCUCCAGAGGUUAUCUCCGUGGUUACCACAAUGAUGGUUAUGAGCAUGAGGAGGAAACUUAUGGAUACAACCAGCGACAUUCAGUCCGCAACAAAGGUUAUGGAGGCUAUGAUGAUGAUUAUGGUGGUUAUGGAGAUGAGGUAACUGCAGCAUAUGGAGGCCAGAGUCAGUUUGGUUACUAUGACAAUGGAGCAGGGGGAGCAGACUAUCAAGACCUGGGUUACUAUGAGGAAGAAGGACUCUAUGACCCAAAUGCAGAAUAUUAUGAAGGUGGUCUUUACGAUGAGGGCAUGGGGGACUACUAUAACCCUUAUUCCUCUGCCCAAGGCUACUACAGCAACCAGGAAGCUGAUUACUAUGGUUACCAGGAACAACAGGCAAUAUAUAAUGAUGAGGAUCUGGACUAUUAUGCACUAAUGGGUGAGGGCCAUAUGUAUGGAGGUGAGGUAGACGGAUUCCUUGACUCUCAGCCUCAGGGUUAUUAUGAUGAAAAUGGUCAAGGAGUUUACUACGGACAGGGGAGUUACUAUGAUACCGGACAGGAAGGUUAUUAUGGGAACCCUUAUGCAGCAACUAUGGAAAUGCAAGGGGGGUUUCCACCAGAAUAUCAACUUAGUUAUAGUGAUGCUGGCAUGCCCUUCCAAGACUACAGCUCCCAACAAGCUGUUGGAUACCCACCAGGAGGCCUGCAGGUCUUUGGCUUUGUAGGGCAAGGGAUGCAUCAGGUACAGGGCUUGUCUGGGGACCAGUAUACAGACCAGUUGGAUCAAUAUAGGGACGAUACUGGUGGAGUUCAGGGAGGGGAGAUGGCAUUUAGAGUUCCUAGGCCUCAAGUGCGCCUAUUUGGGAAAGAGCGUCUAGAUGUGCCCCUGCCCCCUCCACCUACUUUGCCACCUGAUCCAGAAUUUGAAGACAUGUCAGACAUCCAGUAUGAAGACCAGAUCCCUCUUGCACCAGGUCAACUUGGUGACAUGUCAUUCCAACAACAAAUGGUGAUGUCUCCUCAAGAACAGAUGUUUUCUCAACAACAAACUAUAUUUCCCCCACAAGAACAAAUCAUGAUGCCCCCGCAGGUAAUGUCACCACAGCAACAGAUGAUGUCACCUCAGCAACAAAGUAUGUCACCACAGCAGCAGAUGAUGUUACAAGAACAGAGUAUGUCUGCUCAAAUGAUGACAUCACAGAUUCUGUCACCACAGCAACAAAUGACAUUUCCACAGCAGCAGAUAAUAUCCCAGCAAAUGAUAUCACCACAGCAGCACAUGAUGCCCCAACAAACGAUGUCACCACAACAACCGGUGAUGCCCCAGCAAAUGAUGUCACCACAGCAGCAGAUGAUAUCCCAACAAAUGAUGUCACAUCAAGAGCAGAUGAUGAUGCCACAGCAACAGAUAAUGUCUCCGCAAGUGAUUUCACCACAGCAGAUGAUGACAGAUCCAAUGAUGAUGAUGUCACAGCAACAGGGUUACGGCCAAGUGCCGAUCCCCACUCCAACUGCCAUGAUUAUUAAGCAAGCAAGUAUGUCCCCUCUUCCAGCACGCCGCAUGCUACCCUCUCCGAGUCCAUCCCGCCGCUCUGUUGUCAUGCCCUCCCCACAGAUGCAACGACAUCCCUCUGCCAUGGCUUCCCCAGUACCUUCUCCUAUGCUUCCACAGAGACGCAGCCCAUCCCCACAACCAUCCAUGAGGAGUGGUUUCAUUAAUGCCCAGAGACCCCCCUCUGUUUUGUCGAGACGAAUCUCACCUCCUUCUUCCCCAAUGGCCUCCCCCCUUGCCCGUCACAGGAUGCAACCUCAGAGAUCACCGUCUCCCCUGGCUCGAAGACCCUCACCCCCUCACUCUCCCCGUGCGUCCAUAAUCCGGCAAAGUCCUCCACCCUCACCAAGAGCGUCAAUGCGACAGCAUUCCCCACCCUCCUCACCUCGUGCUUCCAUGAGGAGGCGUAGUCCCCUGCCCUCUGCCACUCCAGCCCAUAGCCCGUUUGGAGGGAGAAAGAUGCGUGGGCCAGCCUCCCCUCCCAUCUCCCCUGGUCAUGCAUCUCCCCUUCUCUCUCCACAACUCAGUAGAAGACCAUCUCCCUCUCCUUCCCCAUCUCGUCGCAGUGUGUCCCCUGCAGGGCCACGGCCUGCCCCAUCAUCUCCUACCCUCUCUCGCCGCUCAACUCGGCUGCUCAGGGACCCCACACCGUUGGCCCGGCCUAGGAUGGGGGGAAAUGUUCCAUUAGGUGCUGUCAGACCCUCACCUAUGGGUCUCAGAGGCCGUCCAGUACCCCCGCCCACCCAGAAUGUGCGUCCAUUCCGUGCCUCCUCCAUAAGAAGCAAUAGAUCUUCUGUUCUCACAGUAGACUCCCUCCACUCCUCCCCUUUUCACUCCCCUCACAUGAUCCACCGUGCUCCCUUAGGGAGGAGAGAAUCUGGACGAUUUCCUCCUCGCCCUGUGGCUCGAGGACGUCCCCUCAUGGCCCAGCAGUCUAUAAGAAGAAUGCCUCCUGCCUCUCCACAGCCCUCCCUUAAACACAUGUCACAUCCUGCAUCCCCUCGCUUCCCUCCUCGACUCUCUCCUCAGUCCUCCCCACUCCUGCCUCCUCGAGCUGCCUAUUCAUCCACUUAUGCACCAGAAACUUUUGUGUCUGGCACCUAUGCUGAUCCUUAUACUGAGCAGUCGCAUCAGCUUGUUGCUCCUUCUUCUCCCAUGUUGUCUGGUGCUUUGCAGAAUCAAGCUAUUCGACAGGCCUCCUUUGCUUCCCCCCUUGGCCCAGAGCUGGCCCAGUUGGGAGGCAUGGGUGAAAUGGCUACAGAAUACAUGGGACCUCACACCCCCUCAUCCCCUUCACUUUCAGGUGCAAUGCAAAACCAGGCCAUUCGGGAUGCAUCCUAUGUUUCCUCCCUGCAGAGGCCAGCAUCCCCAUACGAACAGCCUAUGCCCCCUUCAUCUCCCAUGCUGUCUGGAGCUCUGCAGAAUCAAGCUAUACGUAAUGCAUCUUAUAGUUCUCAUUUACAAAGGCCAGCGUCCCCUUACGAACAGCCUAUUCCCCCUUCUUCCCCAAUGCUGUCUGGUGCUCUGCAAAACCAGGCAGUGAGAGAAGCCUCCUAUUCCUCUCCUCUCCAAAGGCUUCAAUCCCCAUAUGCCCCAUCUAUACCUUCAACUCCAAUGCUCUCUGGAGCCAUGAGACAUGGUCAGGCACUAAGAGGUGUGGCUUCUUAUCAGACUCCACAGCUCCAUUCGCCAUACGGACCAACUGUUGUUACUCCAUAUGAUUAUAUCUCUGAGCCUGGCCCAGCACCACUGCUUCAUGAUGCUCUGCAGAACCGGUCUGGUCUGCAGAAUGUCUCAUCUUUGAGAUCCCCUAUGAUGCAACGCCGUAACCCUUAUGCACCAGCUGGACCUCAGCUCCACAAUGCUCUUCAACAGAACCCAAACCUUCGCCAAGCAGCUUAUCAGACACCUCUGCAACUCAGACGGUCCCCAUAUGGACCCUCACCAGCAUCCUCACCAAUGUUGGGAAGUGCCUUACAAAACCCACAGCUAAUGCAGGCAUCUUACCGGCUGCCAGAUGGAACUUUGGUGUCACCAUAUGCAGAUUCACGUUCCUCCCCAUUGCUCGGCCAUGCCUUGCAAAAUCAGCAAGUCCGUGGAGCCUCAUACACCUUGCCUGAUGGAUCAGUAAUCAGGGACCCACGUGUACCCCAGAAGCCUAUGUCUCCUAACCUUUCCAGAGCUCUUCAGAACCAGAAUGUCAAGACUGCAUCAUAUACUCUCCCUGAUGGCACCAUUAUAGACCCAAGACAGCAACAACCAAUUUCCCCAAACCUGGCUAAGGCCCUCAACAACCCAGCUCUGCGUGAAGCCUCCUAUUCUCUGCCCGAUGGUACCAUUGUGAUUGACUCCAAGAAAGAGAAGUCCCCAAACCUUACAGCAGCACUUCAGAACCCUUACCUGAAGAGUGCAUCUUACACCCUGCCUGAUGGCACUAUCAUUAUUGAUCCACGGAAACCUGUCUCUCCAAACCUCUCCAGUGCCCUUCAAAACUCUGCUUUGCGGAAUGCCAACUUCACACUACCAGAAGGGGUUCAUGACCCCAAUACACCCAUUUCACCAAACCUGGCUAAGGCCCUCAGUAACCCAGCUUUGAAAGGAGCGUCAUACACCCUCCCAGAUGGAACUAUUAUAGUGGACCCAAGAAAACCAAAGAGCCCCAACCUGACAGCCGCCCUGCAGAAUCCCUUUCUAAAGGGUGUGUCCUACACCUUGCCUGAUGGAACUAUCAUCAUUGAUCCACGAAAACCAGUUGCCCCUGACUUGUUGAAAUCUCUUGCGAAUGAGAACCUUCGUAAUGCAUCAUACCAGCUCCCUGAUGGUUCCCUGGUUAUCCCUGGCCAGAAGCCCUCCACUCCCAACCUUGCAGCUGCUCUAAGACAAAACCAGGCAAUGCGGUCCACAGGUCUCUAUCAUCUGUCAGAGAACUCUGUACUGUCAGGCGCACCCAAACCCACGACUCCCAACCUCGCCUCUGUGCUGAAGAAUGAGGAACUCCAUGGUGUCCGUUACAGGCUGCCAGAUAGCUCUCUUCUCGUACGUCGGUUCCACAACCCAAGCCUGUCUGAUGCCGUCCAAAACCAGCAGCUUCGCUAUGCCUCAUACAGGGUGCCAGCAGGCCUGCAGGGUGAGGAUAAUCGCUAUGCUGUAGUUCCUCCCUAUGGGCCACGCUCAGGACACUGGGCCAGGAAUGCCCAAGGAGGAGGGGAAGGAGGGGAAGAUGUUUGGGCAGCUGAGAGGGUUUUGCCACAUGGGACAGUCCAGAAUCUGUCAAAGUGGUCCAUGUACAGAGAAGAUGGGGUGUUAGGAGGAUAUUCACCGACGCCUCGAGUUGUGGAUGGACAGCCUCAGGACACAGACUGGACGCCUGACAGAGACAGAGUACCUGGCCAAAGCUGGUAUGACAAGAUCUACUCUAUCCUAAGCAUGCCCACAGCAGGCAACAGGGUGAAACGUUGGGCGGAGGGAAUGGAGGACAUGACACAGCUGCCUGAGCUGAAUGAGACCACAGUUCUGUUGAACCUGAAGAAGCGCUACGACCAGGAACUUGUAUAUACAUACAUAGGCAGCAUCCUUGUGUCUGUAAAUCCCUACAAGUUGCUCAACAUUUAUGGAACAGACAUGGUGCUUCAGUACGGGGGCCGCGGCCUGAGUGACAACCCUCCUCAUCUUUUUGCCAUUGCUAACAUGUCAUAUACCACCAUGAUGGAUGCCAAAAAGGACCAGUGUAUUGUGAUCAGCGGAGAAAGUGGGUCAGGAAAGACUGAAGCUACAAAACUGAUCCUGCGUUACCUGACAGCCAUACAUCACAAGUGCAACGUCACACAACAGAUAGAGAUCCUAGAGGCCACGCCCCUGCUGGAGUCUUUUGGGAAUGCCAAAACAGUGCGCAAUGACAACUCUUCACGCUUUGGCAAAUAUACGCAGAUCUACAUGGAGGAGGGUGUAAUCAGCGGUGCCAUAACGUCUCAGUACCUGUUGGAGAAGUCCCGCAUUGUCUUUCAGGCCAAAUCGGAGAGGAACUAUCACAUCUUCUAUGAGAUGUUGGCAGGUCUCCCUCCAAAUGAGAAGCGCUCACUCUAUCUGCAGGAAGCUGAGACUUACUACUAUCUGAAUCAGGGAGGGGAUUGUACCAUAGAGGGGAAGGAUGAUGGGGAGGACUUCAGGCGUCUGCUGAAUGCCAUGGACAUUCUGUGUUUCACUCCAGAGGAGCAAAAUGGCAUCUACAGACUGCUGUCAUCUGUUCUUCAUUUGGGGAACGUCUACUUCCAGCCACACCAGGCUGAGGGUCAGGAGGUUGCGGCGGUGGUGAGCACACAGGAGAUCAGGGUGGUCGCUGAGCUGUUGCAGGUGUCACCUGAGGGCCUGCAGAAGUCUGUCACCUUCAAAAUGACAGAUACAGGAAGGGAAAAGAUCUUCACUCCGCUCACAGUGGAGAGUGCUGUGGAUGCCAGAGAUGCCGUUGCCAAGAUCCUGUACUCGCUGCAAUUUAGUUGGCUGACAGAGCGCAUCAAUGGACGGGUCUACCCUCGCAACGAAGCCCUUUCCAUCUCCAUAUUGGACAUAUAUGGAUUUGAGGAGCUACAGGUGAACAGUUUUGAGCAGCUGUGCAUCAACUACGCCAAUGAAACUUUGCAGUUCUUCUUUAAUAGGGUCAUCUUCCAGGAGGAGCAGGAGGAGUAUAUGCGGGAGCAGAUCCAGUGGCAGCAGCAGCCCUUCAGCCACAACCAGGCCUGCCUUGACCUCAUCGCCGCUAAGCCUCAUGGGAUACUACGCAUACUGGACGACCAGUGUGGUUUCCCUCAGGCAACAGAUCACACCUUCCUUCAGAAGUGCCACUAUCACCAUGGAAACGACCCGCUAUAUGCCAGGCCAAAGAUGCCACUGCCAGAGUUCACCCUGAAACACUAUGCUGGGAAGGUCGUUUACCAGGUGCACAAAUUCUUGGAUAAGAACUUCGACAUGGUCCGCCAGGAUGUUUUAGACCUCUUCAUCCAGAGCAAGAACAGAAUGGUAUCCAGUCUCUUCUUAAAGCACUCAGAGUCUGCAUCUCAGCAGCGGUCUAAUGUGCGCUGCAGCAGCGUGGCUCGUCGUUAUCAGGCCAGCACAGUCAGUGCGAAGUUCCAGAGCAGCCUGCAGGAGCUGCUGGAGAAGAUGGAAAGGUGUAACCCUUAUUUUGUGCGAUGCAUCAAACCAAACCAUCAUAAGGAGCCAGGAGUGUUUGACAUGGAGCUGGUCAACACUCAGCUACAUUACUCUGGUAUCAUGGAGACCAUCCAUAUCAGGAAGGAGGGUUAUCCAAUCAGACUGCACUUUCACAGCUUCCUAUCGAGGUAUAAAGCCCUGCUGUGCCUGAGGGAGCUUCCACCUGCAGACGGAGAAAACUGUGUCAGCAUGCUGCACAAGCUCGGUCCGGUCAAGAGUGGCUCGUAUCAGCUGGGAGUCAGUAAGAUUUUCCUGAAAGAAGAGCUGUAUCAGCUGUUGGAGGGGAAGCGUGACUGUGUGCUGAACCUCGCUGCCAAGACACUGCAGAGAUACACCCGCACAUGUUUUGUCCGAAAGAACUUUACCAAGUUCAAGCGCCGUGUGACCCUGUUUGAGGCUCGCUGCAGAGGCUACCUGGCCAGAAAAAAGUUUGUUCUAAGGAGGAAGUACCUCAUCAGGUUCCGCUCCGCCGUGCUGCUCAUCAUCAACCGCCAGCGCUACAUGAGGACAGUGGUGGAGCCUGUAAGGAAGGCAGAGGAGGAUCGCAUCAACAGAGAAGUGGUGAAUGUGACAACACUGCCUAUCCCUGCUGAGCUGGCAGCCUUGCUACAGGCGGCCUCAGGUGGUGAAGAGCUGCAUUCUGACUGCUUGGCUGUGGUCCAGGCUCCAAAGGUUCAGGUUGACCCCCAGCUGACCCUGCCCCUGGAUAUCAACAACUACCUCAUGACACACUACAUCCGGGCCAUGCUUAGGGAGCCGUUGUUUGGGAUGCUGGCAGCCCCGUUGGAGAGUUCUCUGAUUCGAAUGGAUGAGGAGCUAAAACAAGGAGCCAUAAAUAUAUUCAUUCUGAUACUAAGAUUUAUGGGUGAUCCUAACUUGAAUGGUGCUCAGGAGAAUCUGUUUGGGAACUACAUCAUCCAGAGAGGACUUGCCAAUCCCAGUCUCCGAGAUGAGAUACUGGCUCAGGUAGCCAAUCAGGUGUGGAGAAAUCCUAACAUUUUGAAUUCAGAGCGUGGUUGGCUCCUCCUUUCCUCCUGCCUUUCUACCUUCCUGCCCUCUCAAAGACUGGCCAAGUACUUGCUGAAGUUUGUGUCUGACUAUGGGCCGGAGGGCUAUGACUGUGUGUGCCAGCACCGUCUGCUUCAAGCUCUGCAGAGGCUGAAUGUCGGGCCAGAGUAUGUCCGGACGUACCCGCCCUGUCUACUAGAGUGGACCGCCAAUCGCAAAAGAGCUCACACUGUUCUGCACAUACACUGCUUCGAUGGUGUGUCCUUCCUUUGUCCUCUGCACUCCUGGACGACGGGAGAAGAAAUGGCCAAAAAUAUCUUACAACACAGGGGUGUAGUGGAGGGCCGUCGAGGCUGGUCGGUGCUGCUGAAGGAGCCGGCUCAGUGGGUGGAGCUGGAGGGCUCAGACUACGUUCUGGAUCUGAUGUCAGACUUGGAGCUUCCUGCUGACUUCCCCAAACACAGCAGCUACUUCAUCAUCUCUGCACAGGAACCAACGAGAGUGCGGCCCAAUGCCAGCAUAAGCUUGUUGGGUGGUGGGUUUGACAUGACUAAUGAUGUCAUAUCUUCAGCCAUACUUGGCUCUGAUGGACAAGACUCGGAGCCUCAGAGAGGCAUGGAUCGUUAUCUCGACAGCCUGUUUGACCCUGUACUGUCUGACGGAACUGGAGAAAUAGAAUCAGCUGCAGGACUGUCCAGCAGGAUGAAGGGGGCUGGGGGAGUUGGAGGGGGGUGGAAACAGCAAGGGCAGUCAACUGGCCCCCCACCUCCACCUGGAGCUGUGAGAGUUCUUCCUGUGGGAGGCGUGAUGUCGCCUCCUGUUGCUGCGGUGGCACCUGUAACACCUGAUGCCCAGCAGACUGCUUUGGCCCAGCAGCAGCAGACUAUUGUAAACCAGCAGGCCAUCAUUAUGGCCCAGCAGAUGACCAUGCAGGCCAUGGCCAUCGUCAGCAGCCCCGUGACAAGUCCCCCCACCUCCCCAAUCACAAGUCCUCCCAUGAGCCCACUGCUCCACCACCCUCCCAGCCCGUAUGCACCCACUAGCCCCUAUGCUGUCAUACCCCCAAGUCCAUAUGCUAACAUCCCACCCAGCCCCUAUGCUAAUUUCAGUCCCACCCCCUACGCUGCAGCAAGCAUCCCACCCAGUCCCUAUCCUCCUACUGCUCAACAGGAACAAACUCCAUCGCCCCCUCAAGCUCAGCCUCCUGCUGAGCCCUCAGCUCAGCCUCGGGCCCCCCGUCCUGACCCCAACCUUCAGCCGAGCUCCACCAAAAAAGAGUCCAGGCAGCCUAAAGCCAGCACUGCUGAACAGGUUCAGUCAGGUAAGGACAGCUUCCCCCGGAGGAAGGCUCCAGGCGUCCCUGUAAACAAGGACACACCAGUCAGGAAGUUUGCUCCAGUGGCGACGACUCCUCCGCCCCCUGUUGGAGAUGUGGUGAAGUACUCAUCUCGGUCCUCUGAUCACAUCAUCCCCAGUCAAGAUGUCCAAGACAUCAUCAAAAGGUACAACUCCCCGCCUCCACCACCAGACCUGCUGCCACCUGGCAAGGGGAGACCGGAGGGGAAGUUUAAGAAGAAGCAAACCCCUCGUGAUGAAGCUUUACAGAUCCUCAAACCCCAGAUGGACAACCCUCCUGCUCCACAGCCCAAACGUCCUGUUGCCCCCUCACCAUCUGCAUCUGCAAUGAAAGAGGCAGGAUUUAAACCCACCAAGAGCACGAAGACGAGAGCACCUGAUCGCCCUCUCCCCUUACCUCCUCCAGUUUCUCGAGAGCUUCCUGUAGAGACGGAGACCAUCCAGACACAGCUUCAUCAGAGCACUAAUGAAGAGCACUACACCUACACCAAUGUUCCCUGGAGACUGUACCUCAGGAAGGAGGUUUUUUUUCCCAAAGACAGCUUCAACAAUCCUCUGGUGCUAGACCUCAUUUUUAAACAGAUAGUGAACGACACUCUGUCAGAGGCGUGUGUUCGCAUCACACGGGAUGAAAGGCAGAAAAUGAAGGCUCUUUUCGCUAAACAUGGGGUUGAACAGAAUAUGGAUCCAGUGGAGGAGCAUGUGAAGAAAACAAUCGUCACGGCAGCCAGGGAAACUUGGGAAAUAUACUUCUCCCGUCUGUUCCCUGCAUCGGGUAGUGUAGGAACUGGUGUGCAGGUGUUGUCAGUGUCCCACAGCGGUAUUAAGUUGUUGAAGACCGUAAAAAGCAGCGCUGCAGCUCCAGACUACUUCAGAGUCCUACGGCCCUACACCUAUGCAGACAUCCUGUUUGUGACCAUCCCCUCUGAGAACAUGCUGGAGUUCAAUCUCACCAAUGAGAAACUGAUCCUGUUCUCAGCCAAGGCACAGCAAGUCAAACAUCUCAUUGACACCUUCAUCAAUGAGAUCAAAAAGGACUCAGAUUAUGUGAUUGCAGAGCGAAACUUUGUGACAGACGACCGCUCGAUGCUCAGUUUUCACAAAGGUGACAUCAUCAGGCUGCAGGUGAUGGACGGGCUGGAGAAGGGUUGCAACUACGGCUGUGUGGUGAGGAAGAAGGUGGUCUUUUUGGAGGAGCUGAAAAGAGACACUCCAGACUUUGGUUGGAAGUUUGGUGCUGUGUUCAGCCGCUCUGGUGCGUUCCCGGCCGAGUGCGUCCAUCCGAUCGCUCCUCCUGACUUCCUGUCGCUGCCACUGGACCGCAUGUCAGAGCCUCGAGGAGGAGCGGGACAGUUCGCUGUGUCAUCAGCUAUCGCUGUUGCCGUGGCAUCCACCAUGGCUGCACAUGAGAUAGAUCAAACAAUUGAGCGGGUUUCCCUUGAUGGCUUUGGUGAUGGAGAUCUGGAUGAGAGGGCACUGCAGGACAGUAAAUAUGACAUGUUGGAGUUUGCCAAGAAGUACUUCAGACAGGGAACCAAAGGGAAGGGAGACUCCCUGAAGAGCAAAAGCAAGAACAGAGACUCCAGAGAGCCCACCGACAUGAUCAAGUUCUCCAAGACUCCUCUGACUGAAUCUCUGAUAGAGUUUACGGAUCCAGCCAUGAACAGAGUAGCAACUGAUCUCUUCUUGUCGGCGAUGCGUUUCAUGGGUGACUCUCCAUCAAGGGGAUCGACAGAACACGAAGUGGUCAGCACUUUUCUCAAGCUCAUAGGAGAGUUCACCUUGAUGAGGGAUGAGGCUUACUGCCAACUCCUAAAACAGCUUACCGCUAACACCAGCUCCAAACCAGAUAGUUGCCAGCGAGGCUGGAGGCUGCUGUACAUCCUGACUGCUUUCCAUCGCUGCUCUGAGGUCCUCAAGCCCUUCCUGCUGAAAUACCUGCAGCAGGCCUCUCGCAGCGCUGGGGCACAGUAUCAGGGCAUUGCUAAAGCAUGUGAGCAGAACCUGAAGAAGACAUUCCAGUAUGGUGGCCGCAUUGUUCCACCCAACAGCAUGGAGCUGAAGGCUAUGAUGGCGGGACGUAGUUCAAAACGUCAGCUGUUUCUCUUCCCUGGAGGCAUUGAACGUCACGUGAAAAUCAAAACGUGCUCUGUUGCCCUGGAGGUGAUUGAGGAGCUGUGUUAUGAGAUGGGUUUACACAGACUGGAGGCCAUGGAGGAAUAUGCCAUAUUUUUUGUCACCAAUAGAGGUCAGAAUGUGCGUCCGCUGAACAAGCACGAGUAUAUCCUGGAUGUUGCAACAGAGGCCGAGUUAGUGGACACCAACUACAGCUUUUGGUUAAGACGAGUCAUCUGGACUCAGCCCCUCAAGUUUGAGAAUGAACUCUGUGUCGCCAUGCACUAUAACCAGAUCCUACCAGACUACCGUAAAGGCCUGCUAAAUGUUCUUCCCCAUGGAAAAGUAAGCGAUCAACAGUUCCACCAGAUCUCCAAACUGGCAGCAUUGCAGCACAGAGCCAAAGACAUCAUCUUCAUCCCCAGCAUACAUGAAUUAUCGGAGUACAUUGCCACACCUCUGUUCAAAAAGCAGCCACCCCAGCAGUGGGUUACCAUGGUAACGCAGCACAUGCAGCAAGUGCAGACCCUGAACCCGCACCAGGCCAGAGCACAGUUUCUGGGGCUGGUCAGUGCAUUCCCCAUGUUCGGCUCCUCGUUUUUCUACAUCCACAGCAGCAGCUCCACCACCUUCUACGCCCCCUGUAUUGUUGCUGUCAGUCAACACGGUCUCCACUUCCUGCACAAAAAUACACACGAGCUGAUGGCAGUGGUCCCCCUGGUGGAGGUGCAGUCCAGCCGCACCCAGAGGCCCACUGCUGGAACAAGUUACCCAUACGUAGACCUCACUCUGGGGGACAUGAACACACAACGGGUCAUUCAGUUGCAGCUGGAGCAGGGCCUGGAGUUGUGUCGAGUCAUUGCCAUGCAGGUGGAAAACAUGAUGUCUGUGCGGGAGAAGAGACUCACCCUGCCACCCAGUGAAAUCACCAUGUUAUAA